AGCAUCACCACACAUUCCAGGGCAUCAAGGGCAACGUUUCCAUGUGAGAAUCAAUCAUUCGUGGCUGCAAGAGGCCCCUGCGAUGUGGGCUUGAGACCGGUUACCGUGUUGCUGUGGCAGAGAUACACCAGAGCGCGACUUACAUUAAAUAUGUCAGUCGCGACUGAAAUGAACGGUUGUGGGGCGUGGUGCCGUAAGGACGAUACAGCGCAGAAUGACGGUUCCAAGGCUGUAAUCACGUUGAGAACGUCGUACAACACUUCGACCUCGUCACACAAGCACACCCUUUCCCUCUCCUCUUCUUCUCCUUGGUGAUAAAGAUACGAAUAUCUUCGUCUCGUCACACCGUCUCUGUGGGCGGUUACCAGCUGCAAAUUCUCACCUUCUGCAGAAUGUUGGAGGCGCAGGUGAUGAUGCGAGAGAAGAUGGAGAUUCGCC